GUAAAUUAUGGCAAUUUCAUGCACGGGCUGAUGAAGGAGAACAUACAGCUGAACAGGAAAGUCUUGUCAGAAUUGUCGAUGCACGAACCAUACAGCUUCAAGGCCCUCGUGGAUGUCUCUCACAGUGCUUUCCCCGGAAAUAAGAAUGCGAUAGUACCUUCAAAGAAGGAAGGCCUAGCUAUUGUUCUUUGAAGUAAUUUCCUAUAUUCUGCUGCUGUGUACUCUUUUCUUCUAUGUUGAUCACUGAUGAGUUAUUUAUUGAAGUCCCGGGAAGUAGAGUAUGGGCAUAAUUUGUGCUAGCAUUUCUGGAAGUCUCCUGUUUCAUGUAAGUGCUUAAAUGGACGAUGUGUUGCAACAAUUCAUUCAAUCUAUCAAUGAAAUAUGUUUUAAUCCCAAACUA